CGCAGAUCCUCCUUUGCUCUCUUGUCACCAUUUCAGCUUCCAUAUAUCGCGAGCGGGAGCGAUACUCGUACACAUGGAUCCCGAUACCGAGUCACUGUUGAUCUCGACCUGCCAGGCCCUCGGCGGGUUCGAGUACAUUUCUGAUGACAUCAAUGACCAGAGGCAGGCUUAUAUUAUGGGAGACGAAUGUCUAGCAUGUCUCAAGGAUAUCAAAAAAUUCAUCAAGUACUACGAGCAUGAGGGCGACAAUGUCGUUUUGACCUAUCUAGGAACGAUGGGUAUUCUGGAAAAGGAUUUGGUCCCCAUCAUACUGCUAAACACACCUGCCAACAGCAACGUCAGAGAGCGAAUUGUCCUUGCCUGCAUUGAGUUGAUAGUCCCGAUGACCUGGCCGAUCGAUUACAAAGCCCUCGAAAAGCUGGCGGACACAGAGGAGGACAACAGCAUCGUUGGUAACCUACACCAGCGACUCGAGACCUUGCGGGAGUACAAGCGGGCGUUCCUUCAACGUGGCGUUUUGGGAGCCGUAUUUGCAGUAAUGCUGAAGCCGCUGGGAGUCGAGUACAGGAUGAGGACAACAAGAGAUCAAGCAGUGAUUCGUCUGGGAUUGUCGUUGUUUCGAAACUUGGUGGCCAUCCCCGACCCCGAGAGUUCUGUGUCAGGAACGAUGGAUCAGUUCAUCAGCUCAAUCAUGCAGGAGGAGCUACUGGACAGGUUUCAAAAGGAGAAUGUCAUGGAGCUUUUGCUGACGCUGGCGUCUUCUUCAACUGAUGUACAGCUCACGGAAUGGAAUGCUAUCGCCUUGGAAACGUUUUACCACAUCUUUUCUGGAAUCGACGCCGUUGAGCUCAUCCCUGCAGUUUCUGGUCAAGCGAAAAAUUCACAGUUGCAGGACUUGCUAAACAAGGAGGAGAAGGAAAAGAAAUUACAGUCGACUGCUGGGCGAAAACGACAUGACCGAUUCGGGACUACAGGCGAAGUCCGUUUGCAGGAUGGGACCAGAAUGGUUUUGCACCAAAAGGGAGCUUUAUUUACCUCGUUCGAGACUCAGCUGGACAGCGUUAAAAAACCAAGAGCGCGAACUAAGCGUCAGAAGGAAACGGACGAAUACAAGAAAAACAUGACGAGAUCUGGAUUGGCCAUGUUGCGGGAACUUGCCUUGACCCUGCUGGAGAGCGGCUUUAAUCCGCUGUUCACCUCGUUGCGCCAAUGCAUUGAGCUCGAAAGAGAAAGGGUCAAGGACCACCACCGAAACCAGUACCAUUACUUAAUGGCAUUCCUGCUCAAGUUUCAGCGACAAUACGCUGAUUAUGUCGCCAAACAAUACCAAGAGCAAAAGAAGAAUGCACAUCCACGAGAACUCACGAGUUUAGAGGAAGAAUAUAAGAAAAACAUCCUUCGAUGCGAUUUUGAUCUGGUGGCGACGGCGAUCGAAACUGCAAACGUCUUUCAAAUCGUCGGCUUCAUACGCACCCGUUACGAAGUAAAAGACAAGCUGUGGGACGAUAUUCGAAAGGCGAUGAACUGCAUCCAGGAGAUUCUGAUGACGCUCUACGCCAUGAGCAAGUCGCUCAAUGAGACCUAUCGAGAUGAUUCGGCUAUUGUGCAAAGCAACCUGUAUCAUGAGGACGCGACGCUGGAACUGUUCCUGGACCUCGCCAAAAAUUACAAGAAACAGUCCACGAAAUAUCUGCACACGCUAGUGCGGAUGAUCCAUAUCCUGCUCAAGACGCUAGAAAACUUUUCCAGCUCUAAGAGUUACAUGUUUAUCCGUAAGAAAAGGGCUAUCGCUAGACGGCGCAAGAAAAACGUCAAGGAAGGGAUGAAUGCUGAGCAACAACCAGAGGAAGGAGUCACAACUCAGGCGGCAGGAGAAGAUGAGCAGCCUUUGUAUGAGGUUCUGCAGACAGAUGGCGGCCAAGAGCAGGAUCAAGAGAGGGAGGACGAUGAGGAUCAACCAACUCAUACAUUCAAGGAGCACCAGUUUGUGUUUCAAGAAUAUGAACGUCGAUUCGCGCACGAGCAUGUCAUCAGUACCUACUGUGCUUUUCUCGAGAACUUUGCGGAGCUGGACGAGACCCAAAUGCAUUGGGCUGCAUCUCUCUUUCACAGAAUCGCAGUCAACUGCUCAAACUUGGCUGUGUUUUACAAGCUGUCGACGCUACAUCUCUUUCAUCAAAUUCUGCAAAGCAACAAAGAAGAUGCAAGAAGGGACAUGAUUCCAUUUGUCUCAUAUGUUGUUCACCAGUUCUUUAAGAAGAUGCAGGAGUACCCACUUUUAAUCGCCGAAGUAUUCUUUCCGAAAACGAGCAAAAAUUGUCUGGAAAUCAACGUUGGCAGGGACGAGCUCGAGAGAGAGAAGCUUGUGAUAUCCGAAAAGAAGGAGAAGAGGUGGGAACCGCAACUCCUUGGCUUGAAAAGCAUCUAAAGGCUCUGCAAUACUGGAUUCGCUAUUGACGUCUUGCAUGCCCCUAUUCCUGUUCUUUAGGCUAAUGUCAACCGAACUUGA